AUGCCAAUCCCAACCAAGAAGAGUAGACCAAAUUGUUACGCCGAUUCACCCUUUGUGGAUGAGAUCGCCCUAGCUAACAUGCCCCAGAAAUUCACUAUCCCCAACAUGAAAACAUAUGACGGUACCACCGACCCGGAUGACCACAUAGCCUUGUACAAGCAGCAGAUGUUCACUGCUCCAUACCCCGACCGAUUAGAGAGGCCUGCAUGUGCAAAAGUUUCGGUUCUAGUUUGUCCGGCCCGGUGCUCCAAUGAGAAGAUCUCUAUUCCCUCAUGUAACCCCGAGAUUGCUGUGGACGCUUUCAGAAAAGGCCUCCUCCCGGAUGGAGAACUAUACAAAGAACUUACAAAGCUGGGUUGCCCCACAAUGGAAGACGCUCUGGCCCGAUCUGUUAUCCAGCUAAGAUGGGAGGAAGAUGAGAUGAACCGAGCUGCCCAUUCCAGAUAUGAACCAAGGCGGAGCGACAGGAAGCCAGAGCCUAGAUCGAUAGAACACCGCUACCAACCUCCAGCACGUAAUAUAGGCAGAACCAGAAAACCUUAUGAUCGCCAACCUGCGAGAAACGAUAACAGGCAUUUCGGAUCGAGCCAGCACAAAAUACCAGAGUACAACCUCAACGUCGAACUAAUCCAGGUCGUAGCGAUAAUGAAAGGAAUGGGGUCCACCGUCAAGUGGCUUGGUAAGCUCAAUCCCAAGGCAAGGAGAGACACAACCAAGUGGUGCGAGUUCCACAACGAUCACGGCCACAACACCGCAGACUGUAUCGCCUUGAGGCUCGAGGUUGCCGCACUUCUGAAGAGGGGACAUCUCGGUGAUCUACUCACUGACAAGGGGAAGAACACCAUUAGCCAGAAGGGCUCCAAAGAACUGUCGCCCCCUUCGCGAGAACCCACACCGAAGGGUUUCUGCUCGCUCAUCUCCGGAGGAUCAGAAAUCAGUGGGGUAAGUUACUCAUCGGCCAAGCGGUACGCGAGAGCCAACAACCACCAUGAAGUCCAGUCCAUCCAUCCGGUCUCAAGGUCCUACUCUUAUCAAGUAAUUCAGUUCGAAGAUGACGAACCGGUCACCCUGGCCGCUCCUCACCACGAUGCUUUAGUCCUCUCCCUGCAAAUAGCCAACAUCCUAGUGAAAACGGUGUUCGUAGAUGGAGGUUCGUCAACAAAUAUCCUAUUCCUCGAAGCAGUAAAGGCAAUGGGGCUAGAAGAGGCAAAUAUCAACAGACGACCGACACUGCUGGUUGGAUUCAGCUCGGAGCAGAAAUACACUAUCGGGGAGAUCAUCCUUCUAUCUAUGCCGGCGGAGUAA